AUGAAUAUUAGAGAGCAUAUCCGCCAAGAUCUCCAGCCGUACGUAUGUACCUACGAGAAAUGCCCAGAGGCCCACCGCAUGUACGCCAGUCGGCAUACGUGGCUUGAACAUGAACGACUAGUCCACCGCCGCAUAUGGAGAUGCUUCGAACACAGGUCCUUCAUCUCAAAAUCGGAAAAAGGCUUGCUGCAACACUUUUUAGAUUGCCACAAAGGUCUAGAUCAGCAGCAGAUCGAAAGUCUCCUAGAUAUAGCCGAGACGACGGUAGCCGAUGACCGAAAAACGUGCCCAUUCUGCUACUCGAUUGGACCUUUCGCUAAGGGCUUUUACAAUCACGUGGCUUUCCAUCAGGAACAACUCGCAACCUUUGCAAUUCCACGAAACUUUGACAGUAACGAAGAGGAGGACUCUGGGAGAGCUGAAGGCAUCAGAUCAGCCGGUUCUUUGCGUUCCGUUGCUCUAUAUUUCACAGACGGUGAUAGCAGCCUUGACAGCGAUGAGAGUGACGUAUCAGUACACAAGAUCGAUAACCCCCUACUAGACUCUGCAGGAAUCGGGGACGACGCGGUCGUAAGGCUACUGCUCGACAAGGGUGCCAAUCCCGAGUCGAUGGGUAACCAUGGCCAGACGCCGCUGGCGUGGGCGGCUACAAACGGCCACGAGGCGGUUGUAAGACUGCUGCUCGAAAGGGGCGCCGAUCCCGAGUCGAAGGAUAAUGAUGGCCAGACGCCGCUAGCAUUGGCGGCUGCAAACGGCCACGAAGCGGUCGUAAGUCUGCUGCUCGAGAGGGGCGCCGAUUCCGAAGCGACGGAUAAUCAUGACCAGACGCCGCUGGCGUUGGCGGCUACAAACGGCCAAGAGGCGGUUGUAAGACUGCUGCUCGAGAGGGGCGCCCAUCCCGAGCCGAAGGAUAACUAUUUCCAGGCGACGCUGGCCGAAACCAUGCACAGGCGGGCGUUAGAGGACCAAGAAAAGGUGCUGGGGCCAAAACAUCCAGACACGCUCACUAGUGUCAGCAAGCUUGGUUCAGUCCUUGAUAGCCAGAGCAAGUAUGAAGAGGCCGAAGCCAUGCACCGGCGGGCAUUACGAGACCGACAGAAGGUGCUAGGGUCAGAACAUCCCGACACGCUUACUAGCUUUAGCAACCUUGGUUCGGUCCUUUCCCGCCAGGGCAAGUACAAAGAGGCCGAAGCUAUGCACCGGCGAGCGUUAGAGGGAUAUGAAAAGGUGCUAGGGCCAGAAAGUCUACGCGCACUCACUAGUGUUAGUAACCUUGGCUUUGUCCUUGAUAGCCAGGGCAAGUACGAAGAGGCUGAAGCCAUGCACCGGCGGGUGUUACAAGACCGAGAGAAGGUGCUAGGGCCAGAACAUCCAGACACGCUCACUAGCGUCAGUAACCUGGGUUCAUUCUUUUCUAACCAGCAAAAGUACGAAGAGGCCGGAGCCAUGUACCGGCGGGCGUUAGAAGGAUAUGAGAAGGUGCUAGGGCCAGAACAUCUAGAUACGCUCGCCAGCGUUAGCAACCUUGGUUUUUUCCUUGAUAGCCAGGGCAAGUACGAAGAGGCCGAAGCUAUGCACCAGCGGGCGGUAGAAGGAUAUGAGAAGGUGCUGGGGCCAGAACAUCCAGACACGCUCGCCAGCAUCAGCAACCUUGUUUUAUUCCUUGAUAGCCAGGGCAAGUACGAAGAGGCCGAAGCCAUGCACGGGCCCAAUCCAUAG